UCUAACUUUAAUUCAGAAUUAUGAAUCUUAGUAUUAGUAAUAGUCUUUUAUCAGAUUCAGGCCUCUACUUCUUCCUCCUGGCCACAUGUUUGUUUAGUCUUCCGGCGGCGGCCGCCACUGAUACCCUAAAAACAGGGGACUCCAUUAACCUGUUGAGUAGCCGCCGUACCAAUACGCUUGUAUCCGGUAAUGAAAGAUUUGAGCUUGGAUUCUUCAACCCAGACGGUAGACGACUCUGUUGGUUCCUCGGUAUACGCUAUAUGAUUAUACAACCGUUAACAUUUGUUUGGGUAGCUAACCCAGUUUCUCCAAUUUUAACAAGAAGCGGAGGUGCAUUAAUCUUUCUAAGAAACGGCUCUCUAGUGUUACAGGACGGUAAUGGUGGAACUCCUUUCAUGGCCGGAAACUCGAUUGUCGGAGUUUCGAGGACUCUGACGCUUAAAGAUUCCGGCAACUUGGUUUUAACUGAUGAUUCCUCGGAGACUCUGCUCUGGCAGAGCUUUGAGCACCCAUUGGACACUUUCCUUCCCGGGAUGAAAAUGGACGGAAAUAUGGAGCUGAAUUCUUGGGCGCCAAAGUGUGAAGGUAAUAUUAAUCGAACAGGAGAGUACACGUUUAGAGUGGAUGAUAGUAACGAGGGAAAACGCAAUAUUUCGGUGGUUAUAAGAAACAAAUCGAGCACGAAUUGGAAAAGCCCGGAGUUAUCCUACGGGUCCGAUCAAUUAUUCGAGCCGGUACGCGACUUGUUGCUAAAUAAUAGUGCCGGUUAUUACGAGUCAAGUCGAUUGGUGAUGAAUUGGACCGGGAAUAUUCAAUUAUGGGACAUGAGCACGAAUCCGAUGACACUGGUCUGGUCUGCGCCGGACCCGGGUAAUCCGUGCAGUAAAUACCAAUAUUGCGGCCAAUUCGCCAGCUGUAAUAGCGAAAACGUGCUAUAUCCCUGUCGAUGUCUUCCGGGAUUCAAACCAUUGUCAUCAACAUCGGAGGAUUGUUUGCCUUCCAAACCUGUCGGUUUGGAAGGGAGUAAUGACGAGUUUGUAAAGAUUAAGGUGAAGAAAGUGAUUAAGAACAAUACUAAUUUAGACGAGGCAAGAAAUGACAGUGAUUGCAAAACCGAAUGUCUGUUGAAACACCAAUGUAAGGCUUAUGCGUACCACCGAAAUUCAUUAAGUUUACGCUCAACGGAAGAUGAUGUCAAGAGUGGCGAUUGUUUCAUAUGGGACAAUGAUCUUAUUGACAUAGAGGAGAGUUCUAAAAUUACCGACAACAACGACUACGAUAUUUAUGUACGAGUUGCGGCCGCGGACAUAAGAUUGACGAGUAGGCAAUGCCAGAAUUGCGGAUAUUAUAACUUAAUCCCGUAUCCACUCAGCACCGGCAAAAAUUGCGGCGACCCUAACUACUCCGGUUUCACCUGUAACAACUCAACUUCAAGUGGCGAGCUUUUGUUCACAAUAGCGAAUUUAUCCUUACCAGUCAUCAAAAUUGAUGAAGAAAAUCGUAGUUUUUAUCUCCAGCUACCCACUACGGACAACUGUAGCAACACGAUGAAUUACCUGCAGAAACCAAACCCAUUCUCCUCCGUUAGUUGUGAAUACCGCCCCAGCACUCUGAAUUCUAGUUUACAGAUUCCUAUUUUUAAAAUCAUUUGGGAUCCGCCGCCGGAACCAACCUGCAACUCCGGCCAAGAUUGCCGAGAUUGGCCCAAUUCAAAUUGUAAGAAUCAUAGAUGCAUUUGCAAUCCAAACUAUAAAUGGAAUGGAACGAGUUUGAUCUGCACAAAAGUGCAAGAAUAUGGCGGCGGCGAUCCGAGUAAGCACAUCAAGAUUGCGGCAAUUAUAGUGGCAACGGUCGUUUUUGGUAUUUUACUUUUAUGUCUUCUCUCUUGCCUUGCUUAUAGAAGAACCAUUAGCAGAAGACGAAGAAGAGAGAGUGAUGAACACUUAGGACGCCUAUACAAUACAGAAAAACGAGUAAAGGAUUUGAUGGAUACUGGAGAAUUCAAUAAGGAAGACAAGAAAUGCAUUGAUGUUCCCUUUUUUGAUUUGAAAAUGAUUCUAGAAGCUACAAAUUACUUCUCAGACCAGAAUAAACUCGGACAAGGCAGUUUUGGCAAUGUUUAUAAGGGUAUAUUUCACGGAGGCCAAGAGAUUGCAGUGAAGAGAUUGUCGAGUAAAUCUAUUCAAGGAUUGGAAGAAUUCAAAAACGAGGUUGUCUUGAUUGCCAAGUUACAACAUAGAAACCUAGUUAGGCUUUUGGGUUAUUGCGUGAAGGGUGACGAGAAGAUUUUGCUAUAUGAAUACAUGAAAAAUAGAAGCUUGGACGCUUUCAUAUUCGAUCGCACACUUUGCUUGACUAUAGACUGGAAGAAACGUUUUGAAAUCAUUAUGGGAAUUGCUAGAGGACUUCUUUAUCUUCACCAAGAUUCUCGAUUGAGGAUCAUUCAUAGGGAUUUAAAAACAAGCAACAUUUUGUUGGACGACGAGAUGAAUCCUAAGAUAUCCGAUUUUGGAUUGGCUAGAAUAAUUGGGGGGUCCGAAACAGAAGUAAACACCUUGAGGAUCGUUGGAACAUAUGGUUAUAUGUCGCCAGAGUACGCACUAGAUGGAUUAUUUUCAAUGAAGUCUGACGUGUUCAGUUUUGGAGUUAUAGUGCUUGAAAUUAUUAGCGGGAGAAGAAAUACAGGAUUUUACUAUUCUCAUCAAGCCGUGAAUCUAUUAGGCUAUGCGUGGAACUUAUGGAAUGAGGAGAAUAUUUACGGCUUGUUGGAACAGUCAUUGGUUGAAUCAUGUAAUAGAGGGGAGGUACUGAGGUGCGUAAAUAUAGGUCUUCUUUGUGUGCAAGAAGAUCCAGAUGAUCGUCCUACCAUGUCCAACGUUGUCUUUACACUUGGAAAUGAAACUGCCACUCUCCCAAUCCCCAAACAACCUGCUUUUGUAGUGAAAAAAUGGUUGAGAAACGGUGAAUCUUCGAGUUCUAGUAAACCUGAAAUAAAUUCCAACAAAUUAACAAAUACAUUGGAAGAAGGCAGAUGAAAUAAGAAUUUGAAGGAAGAGUUUCAUGUAAUCUAUUUGUCUUAUUUGAUAGAAUAAGGUAAUAUUUUAUUGCAUUGGACAUAAUUAAGUGUUUACAAAUUAUUACUAUUUUGUUUGCACUAUUAACUAAAUUUCUAAUCUUUUGAGUACAAUUUCUUUACUAGUUAUUAUUUUCUGAUUUGGAAUUUUUCCAUUGUGUGCAUAA